AUGGCCGAUGAUAGCUCUGCUGCGGUCGAGGCCGUCCAGCUCGAUAUGACGAAGCUGCGUGCAAUCGCGGAAGAGCCUCAACAACAGCUCUACGUCAUGUCCUUUCUUAACAAUCUCGAAAAGCUGGUGGACCGGCUUGAUGAAGAUGGAGCUUCGGCAUAUCAACUAUAUGUCAAAAAAGAGCUUUUCAAAAUCAUUACUUUGACUUCACCGGCACCCACUAGGCUUGUUAGGAACCAGGCAGGGCGCUGCUUCGUUGGGAUCUUUGAGAAGGGCGACCGGAAGCUAUUAUAUGACACUAUCAACGAGUUACUGGGGAUUUUAAACACGGGGAAGUCGGAUAAGGAAUUGAAGAUUCGGCAUGCGGCCGUGCACUGUAUAGGAGAGGUUUAUAGAGCCGCAGGCGAUAGCGCUAUGUCAUUAGCUACCAUGACAUGCACUAGUUUAAUUAGACUUCUCAAAGGCGCCCAAAAUCACUGCGGCUUGAGAAGCGCGAUAUUUAGAGCUUUGGGGAAGAUUGCCCGAAUGAUUGGGGGCAUGGCGGAUGAGCCAACCUCUCGAGAAGUGUGGAAACAGGCCAGAAACGCCGCCACCAGUGAUAAGGCUGCUGUAGCUCAAACCAGCGCUCUACAGUGUCUUGAAGAGUUGAUUCAGGCAACACAAUACUUUAGUAGUCAUCAGGAGUUUGAAAAACUACUUUCUUCAGUUAUUAAAGCCUUUGAUUCCUCUUCGGCCCCUGUGCGGAAGGCUGCUGCAUCUUGCCUAGCAGUAGCUCUGGUACAAGCCUAUUCGACAGAACCGCCUGAGCUAAAGAUGGCAAAAAAGAAAAAAACUAAAAGACAGUCAAUGGCAAUCAAUGACGAAGAUGGCAUUGGCAUGGAAAGACCUUCGUCUCCAGGACUAACUGGGAAAAAAGUUGUUGUGCGAAUGACAUUAACAUUGGAUGAGAUACUUAAGCAGCUUUCUAUGCAUUACGUAAAAUCAUCUACCUCCGCCAAGGUCCGAGCUGGCAUUGCACAAUGCUACUCAGAGGUCUUCACUAGAUUGGGAUCGGUGGUUGUAGAAAACAACUAUGGGGCUAUAGUUACCCAUCUACUUACUGAAGUACUUUCGAACCCUGGAAUAACUAUGAACAGGUUUCGACUUCUAACGACACGGAAAUACGUGAGAAUACUAUUGGAAGAUGUAAUAGGUCACAACCUUCUCGGAGAAACUGGGCAGCUGAAUGCAGUCAAUACCCUUGUCAACGAUACUAUCAAAAACUACCCACAAGUCAUCAAAGAUAAGCCCGAGCCUAGCAAAUAUGCUUUAACUGGGGCCCUACAUGCGCUAGCGUCACUCAUCAAGUCGUUAGGCUCUGCCAUGACAAGUUCUCAAGAUACAACUCGAGAUGGCCUACUCCAGGUUUUGCAACAUCCCAGCUACACUGUCCAAGUGGCUACAAGUUGGUGUCUGCGAGCGUUUGUUAUCGCCGCGCCUACUCAGCUUCUACAAAUCAUUACAAUUUGCAUGAAUAAUGUAAAUCGUGAGCUUACGCAGAUGACUGCCAGGCGACCUACCACAACAGAGGCGCUGCGAAAAUGUACAGGAUAUGCCAAUGGCCUUGCAGCAGCCAUUAGUACAGCUCCCCUGCAGCCCUUGUAUGCCUCGGUAGAUAUUACAUCCCGAAUAUUGACACUGGCAACUUCGUUAUUGAAAUCUAGUGGCGAUUAUGACCUUCGGAUAUCAAGCACUCAGAUUCAAGUUGCUUGGAUCCUGAUUGGUGGCCUGAUGGCUCUUGGGCCAAAUUUUGUCAAAAUCCAUCUAUCACAAUUACUUCUUCUCUGGAAGAGUGCGCUUCCAAAGCCUUUGGCAAAGGAUUCUAAUAUGGACCGAUCGUUGCUGGAACUAUCGUUCCUCGCGCAUGUUCGGGAGUGUGCUCUCGGCUCAAUCCUGUCCUUCCUCGAAUUCAACUCUAGACUUCUGACUACGGAUGUUUCAAAGCGUAUUGCAGCAAUGCUUCAAAAUUCAACGUUGUUUCUUAAUACAUUGCCAGCGAAGAAAUCUACAGAUGAUGUUUCUCAGCGGCUUUCCCCAUCACUACAACUGCUCGAUUUUGACCUCAUGGUUCGUCGACGAGUUCUGCAAUGCUACGUUCAACUCGUUAAGCUUUCUCACGGCGAGUCCUUACAAGCAAAUUUGCUCACAAUCGCGAUGAGCUUAUUCGCGGAUCCGGAUAAGUAUACACCGUCAUCUUUAAGCACGGCGAUCGCCUCCAGUGCUGGUGCGUUUGAGUCUUUAUGGGACAUCGGUGAUAACUAUGCAUAUGGAGUAUGUGGAUUUGUAAAUGGGUUUGACGUGGAUGCAUUUGCGUUUGAGGCACAGGGAAGCAAACAGACAGUUGCCCAUUGGAUGACGAGAAAGAGCCCGGAGGCGCGUAUAAAUGAAACGCUCCAUGCGCCUGUCAUUGGAUCCAUUGAGCACGAUUCUGUUUCUCUGUACAUCACAAGUAAUUCCAUCGACAUGGAUGAACCUACUCCAGCUCCCCCAGCCACAGCCGUAGUAACCUCAGCUAUUGACUUAUUCACUAUUCUCCUUCCAACUCAGCCACCGAAGGUUCAGGAAAGUAUCCUAGAGCAAAUUGCUACCUUUUUGGCAUCAAACAGCCUUCAGCGAGAUCCUGGGAGGAAAGCUGCAAUGACUGUAAAUGUAGCUGUUGCAUUACUGGGGACGUUGAAAGCUACGAUUGGUGACACUCUGCCCUCGGCCAGUUUAGGUACACCUAGUGUUCUUAAAAUCAUACAGGAACUUUUACAGGGAUUCGUCAUUCACCCGGAUCAAUUUGUGCGGAAUAUUGCAUACGAAUCCCUAGGCCGCCUUUGCAGUAUUGGCGGUAACUCCUUCACCGGCAAUGUUAUACAAUGGCUGGUCGACACUAUAGUCAGCAACCGUGAACCAAACGCCCGAGCUGGCUGCGCCGUAGCCCUAGGAUGUAUUCACUCCUACGUCGGAGGAAUGGCAGCAGGAUUCCAUCUCAAAACGAUCAUCGGCAUAUUGAUGUCUCUCAGCAACGAUCCUCAUCCGACGGUCCAUUUCUGGGCAUUAGAUGGACUUGCCAGGACAAUUGACUCUGCUGGUCUUACAUUCUCGGGAUAUGUGACUAGUACUUUAGGAAUGCUUUCUCAGCUAUAUGUAGCGGAGACUCACGAUGAAGAGGUCGCUACUGUCGCCACUUCGAAUUUGGAAUUGGAGCUACCGACUACGAGCAUUAUUGUCAGGUGCAUUGACUCAUUGAUUGGUGUUCUUGGGCCUGACCUUCAGGAUAUGACAAAGGCCCGAGAACUUAUCUUGACCAUGGUCGGGCAGUGCUUAAAGGAGCCAGAUUAUACUGUUCAGCUGGAGGCCUUGAGAUGUCUCGAGCACCUGUCUCUCUUUGCAGCGAGCCAUGUAGACAUGAGCAGCUACGUCAAGCGAUUGCAGAAAGAAUUGGAUUCACCUUAUAUGGAGCUGAAGGAUGUUGCUGCCGAUGGUUUGUAUCAACUCAUGAAGAGCGAUGCAGAAAGAAUCAUUGAUGUUGCAAAUCCGGGGCUCGAGGAACAACUAUGGAUUGCCUUGGAUGCAAAUCCUAAUCAUGAAGGAAUUCGUAACAUAAUUCGAAAUUGGUUAAGUCAGACAGGUAUUGACGAUGCAGGUAAAUGGGUGGAUAAAUGCCAAAUGGUGAUGACAAAAACUGUUGAGCGCCGAGAUGGGCCAAAACAAACAGACGAGAAACCCAUUAUGUCAGUUCCUACAGACCUGCACGAUGAAGAGGUUGCAUCUUUCGCUGUUGCCGGAGGCGCAUCUGGUGAGAAAGAAGGUUCGCAGCCCAGCGGGCAAGAGCCGUUGAGAUGGCAGGUCAGGACCUUUGCGAUAAAUUGCCUCCGGGAAUUGCUAUCAAUGGCAGCCAAGGAGAUGCAGGCAGAUUCGGAGCAUCCGGUAGAGGACAAGUUAGUAGUGAAGAUUGCCGACAUCAUUAGAAUGGCUUUCUCAGCGAGUACGGCGAACGUAGUACAGCUCAGGUUAGGAGGGUUAAAGAUUGUUGACCAAGUUCUAAAGAUGUUUGGUCACACUCCAGAUCCUGACUUUCCGGAGGCGACAUUGCUAGAACAGUACCAGGCCCAAAUUGGAUCGGCGCUCACACCAGCGUUUGCAGCUGAUUCAAGUCCAGAGUUGGCUAGUGAGGCGGUGAAUGUUUGUGCCGGGUUCAUCGCAACUGGGAUUGUGAAGGACGUUGAUAGGAUGGGGAGAAUAUUAAGGCUUCUCACUUCAGCUUUGGAGAACUUCUCAAGUGAUUCUGAGGUCCCCUCUAUCGGUGACUUGAAAGGGCUCAGCUCGAAUGCCCAGGUUAUGGUGAAAAUGGCGGUUCUUAGAGGUUGGGCUGAGUUGCAGGUUGCCAGCAAAGAGCAAAGUUAUCUUGUUGAUGUCGUGAAACCGCAUAUUGCUACCCUAGCACCCCUGUGGCUGUCUUCGUUGAGGGAGUUUGCGAGGUUGCGGUUCGAACCUGAUAUCUCGACCAAUUCGACAGGCCCAGCGUCCUUAGGAGGGUCAAUCGAUACAAUAUACUCAGCGCUGAACCGAGAGACUCUGUUGAAGUUCUACCAAGAGUCUUGGUUGAAACUGGUUGAUGCAAUUGCCAGCUUAAUUGAGCAAGAUAGUCAGUUUGUUUUCGAUGCUCUGGAUGGCAAGGCCUCAUCCGCUGGCGAAGCCAAUGGGAACGGCGUUGCCCAUGAUAUCAACUACCGCGACGAACCUGUAGCAUUCUUCUUUGUUUUAUUCGGAAUUGCUUUUGAGGCACUUGUCGGGCGACCUGGAGGACCUGAUAGCCUGGCAACCAAAGAGCAGACACUUGAGAUUUUGCUGGCUUUGAAAAAGAUCUUACACCCAUCCGUUUGUGGUCAUGCAAUUUAUCAGGGUGUUAUUUUCUCCGAGGCGAUGGAUCUUCUUGACCGAUUGGUUCUUACUGAAGGGUUGGCCGUGCAGUCCGCAAUUGUGGAUAUUGCGAGGAGCUUGUGUGUAGCACAUCCAACUGCCAGAUCUAACUCUGGAUCAGGAUCUCAAGGAGAGAAACUAACAGAAGAUAUUGAUCAACUAUUUGAAUUGACAAGACUCAUAGUAUUAGUUUUGGCUGGGUUGUUACCCAAUCUGGUAGACUCAAAGACUACAGUUCGGCACCAACUUUCGGAAGAAGCAGUAAAUGUUGUUACAGUCUCCCUUGACGCCUUAGUCGAUGCAGCGGAGGUCUUCCCCGCUGUGAUUAGGAUGGACCUUUAUGCCUCUAUUCUUCACAUCUUCACCACUAUCUUCGGCACUGGCGUUUGUCAGUCAGAGGUUGUGCCUCGCUCGUUGCCUAUAUUCAAACGAUUUAUCCACAUUAUCACCAAAUCUGGGGGCGGUAAUGACGGUGAGCUAGUCAUCAUGCAGGUUCGGAGCUGCUUAAGCACCAUCUUGAGGGUUUUAGAUAAUGCAAAGCUAAGGGGCGAGGCUGCAUUGUCUUGCAUUAAAAACUGUUUAAUGGCAUCAACAAUAAUAAUCACCGCCGGAGUAAACGUACUUGCUCCGAACGACGAGCUCGUGCCAAGGCUUUGUGAUAAUAUCCUAGAGGCCUUUUCAGAUUCUUCGACUACGAAAGUGGCUAUCCAGUGCUGCCGCUCCAUCUUGAUGGUGACUCCUAAGAGCGCAUGUGACCAGGAGAUUGUCCGUUACAUGAUACCCCGCAUGAUAACCUUUGCAACCUCGACCAACGAAGAUCCAGAUAACGUGAAAGGGCUCGUUUGCCAUAUUCUGAUAUCCUUCGUGUCCACUCUCUUUGGCGACCAGGUUCAGGUCGCCAUGGCGGUUUUCAUACCAACUCUUCUCUCUCGAGCAGCUUCCAACCCACAGACAUACCAAGAAACUGCGGCUAGACUUCUGGAACUUGUCGCAGUGAACCAGCUCGCAUUCAAGAAUGUUGUGGCGAACCUAAACCCCUCACAACGUACAUUUAUGGAGGAGAUUUUACGAUCAAACGCAAGGAUGUCGGAGGGAACGACAAGGCAUGAGUCGAAUGCCCCAGCUAUCGCAUUGAAGAUGAAUUUUGGGGCGUAA